AUGUCGGUCUCUUACGCAAACCUCCCUCCUCAACACGCCCGCCUCGAUGCAUCACACAACAACUACCUCGCCCUGAUGGGCAAAAUCCUCCACGCUCCAGUCUCCUCACCCAAAUCCAUCCUCGACGUUGGAGCCGGAACUGGUCUCGCAUCCGUAUCCCUGGCGAAAACUUUCCCCGGCGCAGCAGUCACAGGAAUCGACAUCCAACCUGUCCCAGAAAUCCACGCCAAGCCCGGCAACGUCACGUACGUAGUUGGAAACGUCAACGAUGCCUCCCUCCCAGCUCCAUUUGACGUUGUCUUUUCCCGUCUGAUGAUCGCCGGAAUGACCAACUGGCCCGGUUACAUUUCAAAGGUUAAUUCGCUGUUGGCUCCUGGAGGAUGGGCGGAAUUCCAAGAAUUGAACUUGCAAAUGUUCGAUGCUGCGGGGAAUGUUGUCCCAGAUGAUGGACCCGCAGAGCAAAUCUUCGCGACUACGGAGAAGAUGGGAUUGGAUUUCAAAGCCGGACCGAAGAUCAAGGGAUGGUUGGAAAGUGCGGGAUUCAAAAAUGUUGUGCAGGUGGUUUAUGAUUUCCCUCUUGGAGGAAAGGGACAGAGUGGUGUGAAGAAGGACUUUGGAGAGUGGUUUUUGGGAAAUAUCAAGGAGACGCUCCCGAUUAGUGCGCAGCAGAUUUUGGGAGGUUUGACCCCUGAGGUUGAGGCGAUUCAGAAGACGAAGAUGGAGAAGGCGGAGGCUGAGGGGUGGUCUAUGAAGUUUUAUGUUACUUAUGGGCAGAAGUAA